AUGACAAGAAUUCUGCUGCGGACUAAAUCAGUCCUCCAAUCUCUGCGGAGGCUUUCUUUGAGUGUCGAGGAUCCCACAAAGCUUGUCGAUCUCAGUAAAUAUCCUCCAGAGAAAAUACGAAAUUUCAGCAUUGUGGCGCAUGUGGAUCAUGGGAAGAGCACAUUGGCUGAUCGCCUUUUAGAAUUAACCGGUGUUGUGAAGCCCGGAGAACGAAGCAGUCAAAUGCUUGACCGGUUACCUGUGGAGAGGGAAAGGGGAAUAACCGUGAAAGCUCAGACUGCUGCCUUACCAUACAAAGAUUAUUUACUAAACUUAAUUGACACUCCUGGUCAUGCAGAUUUCUCAGCUGAAGUAUCUCGUUCUCUCGCCGUUUGCGACGGGAUACUGCUUGUAGUUGCAGCAAAUCAAGGAGUACAAGCACAGGUAUGUUAUUAUGGAAAGGAAAUGCUGGCCCCGUUGCCGACACAACUCAUUGAACGUGACGAUUAUUCAUUGAAAGCAGUCUCUUAG